GCCAUCAACCAAGCCCAUCUCCAAAUGCUUCUCCCUAUUCUCUCUCCACAAAACAACACAAUUGUCUCUCUCUUACAGAGAUGCAGAACCCUCGAACACCUCAAGCAAACCCACGCCCAUCUCACUACCACCCAACCCUCCUCCAUUGCUCGCAUCCUCUCUUUCUUCGCUUUCUCUCACCUUUCUUACGCCAACCACGUUUUCUCUCUCAUCCCCAACCCCACAGUUUUCAUGUACAAUACACUCAUUCGAGCUCACUCCACCUCCUCUCCACCCCACAUCGCCUUCUCUCUCUACAUCCAAAUGCUUCGAAAUCGAACCUUUCCCAACAAAUUCACUUUCACUUUCUUGAUCAAAGCUUGCUCCCUCUCCCUUUCAUCCAAGCUUUUAUCGGACUUGCAUUCCCAUGUAGUGAAAUGGGGUUUUGCUUAUGAUGCUUUUCUGCAAAGUGGGUUUGUUCAAUUGUAUGCGAAUUGUGGUCUCAUCGAUAAUGCACGUCAAGUUUUCGAUCAAAUAGUAGAGAGGGAUGUGGUUUCUUGGACUGCUCUUUUAUCUGGUUAUGCAAAAUGUGGAAUGAUUAAAACGGCACGCGAAGUGUUCGAUGGAAUGCCCGAGAAAAAUUCAGUUUCUUGGGCGGCCAUGAUAGCUGGUUAUGCUCAAAGUGGGAGCUACGAAAAAGCAAUUGAGAUGUUUAAUGAGAUGCAAUUUGCCAAUUUGCAUCCCACUCAAGCCACUCUAGUGUGCAUUCUUUCUGCUUGUGCUCAGGUUGGAGCUUUGGACCAGGGGCAAUGGGUCCACGCUUACAUUAAGAGGAACAAAGUUCCUCGCACGCUUAGCAUUGACACUGCACUCAUAAACAUGUAUGCUAGAUGUGGGUGCAUUGAAAAUUCAGUUCAAGUGUUUAAUCAGAUGCCUCAGAGAGAUACCCAUGCAUGGACAUCCAUGAUAUGUGGCAUGGCCAUACAUGGCCUAGGCCAUGAGGCCAUCAACACAUUCGAAGACAUGCUGUCAUCAGGUGCCAAGCCUGAUGGUGUCACUUUUGUUGGUGUCUUAACUGCAUGUAGCCAUGCAUGCCUCGUCGAUAUGGGGCGCCAUUAUUUUCACAUCAUGGGUGAGAUAUAUCAAAUUGCCUCUGGUGCGGAGCACUAUGGAUGCAUGGUUGACAUGUAUGGCAGAUGUGGGCUCCUGGAUGAGGCAUGGGAGCUUGUCAUGGCCAUGCGCAUGAGGCCUGACGCCAUAGUUUUGAAGGCAUUGCUUAGUGCUUGUUAUAAUCAUGGUCAUGUUGGGAUGGCUGAAUGGGCGGCUAAGAGGCUCAUAGAGGUGGACCCAUGCCAUGGUGCUUCUUAUGUGAUGUUAUCGAAUGUGUACUCGGGUGGAGAGAGAUGGGGUGAUGCAGAGGGAGUGAGAAGCAUGAUGAGAGAAAAAGGGAUUGCAAAGGUGCCAGGUUGUAGCUUGAUUGAGGUGAGAGGGGUGCUUCACCGGUUUGUAGUUGGAGAAAAGGAGCACCCAUUGAUGAGAGAGAUAAACUUGAUGCUAGUUGAAAUGGGGAGGAGGUUAAGACUUGCUGGAUAUGUACCUGCUGUUAAGCAAGUCUUGUUUGAUAUUGAUGAGGAAGAGAGAGAAAAUAUUCUUGGGCGCCAUAGUGAGAAACUGGCCAUUGCUUUCGGGCUACUCUCAAUCGAGGCUCCAGCCCCCAUUCGUGUUCUGAAGAACUUGAGGGUGUGUUUGGACUGUCACGUGGCUACAAAGUUGAUUUCGAAGGUGUUUGAGAGAGAAAUUGUAGUGAGAGAUAACCUACGGUUUCAUCGCUUUGUUGGAGGAUCGUGCUCUUGUAUGGAUUAUUGGUAAAGGCAGUUCAGAACUACAGGUACA